AUGUUUGCGUCGUUAAAAAAUAAGAUAAAAGAAGAAACUGGCAACGAUGUGGCACCGCUUUCCGUCAUCAGAUCGCGCCGCCACGCGGAAUCACUGACCAGCGCCAGCUCGAUUGACGAGCUGAGCGUGCUCGAGCAGAAGGAUGCUGAACUGAGUGCUACCCGCGUGGAGCUGCAAGAACUGGCCAACCACCUGCACGGCUUUCGGGAGCAAGUUCGCCUGCUGGAGGAAUCCAAGGCAGGCCUGGAGCAGGCAAAUAAGGCGCUCGAAGAAAAACUACACGCAAGCCAAGUGCAGCGCGAACUGCAACGCGAGGAGCAGGACAAGAUACAAAACUUCCAGCAGCAGGAAAUAUCGAAGCUGAAAAGUAUGCUGCUGUUCCGCGAGCAGGAGGCCGUCGAUCGAAUAUCGCAUCAGAAGACGGCUGAGCAGCAGGUUGAAAGCUUGCGGCAUGAGUUGAGCCGCCUGAGAGGGCUGGAGCCGAUGCUGGAAAAUGCACAGGAUGAGCUGGAAAACCUACGCCACUCGUCGCAGUGCGAGCGCACCAACCUGGUCUCGACACUGGCGGCCGUGGAGGAAGCAAACCGGCAUCUGAAGAGCCGCAUCCAGGUACUGGAAGAUACGCGGGUAUCGCUGACGACCAACGGUAGCAGUAUCGACGAGAAGAUUCAAUGUUUGCUGCAGGAACGCAAGCUACUCGAGCAGCGCCUGGAGGAGGCACAUCUGCAUCUGUCGGACAUCAAAAGUAGCUGGAGUGGUCAGAAUAUGGCCCUCGAAACGCAAGUGAACCGGUUGUCGCGGCAGGUCGCCGAGGAGACGACUGAGAAGCACAAAGCUCUGAAGCAGAAAGACGAUCUUAUCGAGCGCCUGAAGCAGCUGGAGUUCGAGCACGAGAAGCUGCAAUCGGAGAUUACCCAACGUGACAAUAAGAUCAAACUUAUGAGCGAAGAAAUAGAUGAGCUACAUUCGGCGGUACGCGAGGCACGCGAGCAGCACGAGGAAGAGGUCACGUUUAUGAGCAGCAAUUUAGAACAGCUACAAACGGAGUGUGGCACCUUGCGAACGAAUCUCACCGAGUCGGAGCAGCGUUUGCUGGAAUGUUUGGAAAGCGCCGACCGCUCAACAGGCGCCUACCAAGUCCAGCUGAUGGAGCUUGAAAGCACCGUGCGUGAGCUAAACCGUCAGCUUGGCAACGAAAAACAAGAAAAAAUGGCUGUUCUCAUGAAAAAUGCCGAAAUGUCGCAGCAGGAAGAAAUUCUUCGACAAGAGUUGCGCCAUGAAAAGGAUGAAUCGAUCGAGCUGCAUGAUCGUAGUGUAAUACUGCAACGUGAGCUAGACAAACGAUUAAAUACCGUCAAUGAGCUACGUAAACAAGUGGACGAACUAAUGACUACGAAUCUCGAGCAGAAUGCGGAACUAGUUGAUAAGAACAAGAUAAUAAAAAUUCUAAAUCAACGGCUCGUUGACAUGAAAAAAACGUUACAAGAGGAACUGAAGGGUCAAAAUAGCAGCAAUACAGAUCAUCAAACUGUUAACAUCGGUACUGCCCAGCACCCAAAUGACCGGGUUUUCGAGCGAUCAAAGAGUUUUGACGCAAAGGGUGUCGCAAAAGAGAAUGGUAACCUCAAACAAAACGGUGCAGCGACCGGUACGCCGAUCGUGAUGGAUGAGGUCAACUUCCGGUAUCUCAAGCAUGUGAUAAUAAAAUUUCUUACCAGUAGAGAGGUUGAAGCCCGCCAUCUCAUCAAAGCCGUGUCGACAUUGUUGCAGUUGAGUUAUGAAGAGGAGAAGCUACUCCAUGACACGCUUAAUUGGAAGAUGAGUUGGUUCGGUAGCCGGCCUGGCCAGGUCUCGUUGUCGACGAAUUAGAAUCCACCGCCUGAUAAAACCGUGCGCGCACAGAGCCAUGUUCGAGUGUGUGCUACAAGCCUCAGCAUGUCUUCGGAUUGUUUUCACUUAUUUAGGGAAACUUGCAAAAACUGAAACCGCGGUUCAGUGCAAAACGACAACAUAAUCAUAGCAACAUAGGAAUGAGAUCCUAUUGCAAUAAUGAAGGCACAAAGUGUAACCAGUGCUCAGAUCUCAUGCUACGAAAUGGCGACAGAGCACCAAAUUAGUUUUAUUUCUGUUCAUUUGAUUUGGUCUACUGCGCUGAAUUGACUAUCAACUAACGACUGCUUUUUAUACGCUUUUACCGAGCAGCUGUAAUCUAAUCAUACGUUAACAUUCCUUAUUAUCAUGCGCUUUACAAUACUAUGGCUCAUGCUUCGCGAUAUGUUAGUUAUUUUGUGAUCCGCUUUCCAAAGAAGUAUAUAUUUAUCAUGCCAUUUAUCGUGGAAUAUUUAGCCAAAACUAUAGAUUGAUAUUUUAUGCGUUUUACAAACUUUUACAAAUAUUGCAAAGAGUAAUCUCAUUUUUUCAUAUUUCCUACGCUCACGUAUGCCCAUGGGUUAGACAAUGUUUUUGUUGCUUGUAGUUAUAAAACAUUUGUGGAGUGACCAUACCACAAUGCAAUAGUCUACUGAUAGGAAAAGGAAAGUGUGACCAGCAGAGCCUUCAGUGUUUGCUAGACGAGA